UCAUGAUAACGUACUGUGAUUCGCAUUUUUAUCGAAAAUUAAAUGUUUUCUCUGUUAAUACAAUGGUUUAGAGUGAAUAUUUAGCAGCAAUAAAUUCCCGUGCUAGUGAGAAACAAUUCGUGUAUAAUAAUUAGAUUGUACAGUAAUUUAUAAAUAACGAAAAUGUAUAAGUAAUGGAGUCUUCGUGCACACGAUUUACUGCAGCGGAGGGUGGAGCCAGACUGGCAGCAUGCGCUGGCUCCAAAAAUAUUCUAGUGACUGAGCACACUGCCUUUAUAUCCACUAGUGUGCUCAUUGAGCAUGCUUAUAAGAUACGGGGUCGCCUAUCAUCAGGUAGCCAACGUUCAGUGUACAUAACCCGGCCAUCCCGCAUAGAAUGUGUCUCCCAUGAAUUGACCAUACUCACUGAUCUGUCGGUGAUCAAAGCGCAUGGGUUUGACGAUGUUACUGAUUGGAGACAGGAGCUGGAAGUCAAAGAGGUCCUAGUGUGUACUUCUGAGGUGUUACAGAGAAUUCUGAAAGAGCAGAUUGUAAAAAUACCCAAUAUUAAUGUUCUGAUCAUAGACAGCUCCCAUCUCAUUUUUAAAGAUGAAAAUCUACAAUAUAUCAUGAAACUAUAUAAGCAAUGUGACGGUAUUAAACCUAGAAUAUUGGCUCUUACUUACCCACUAUUUACGGCUCCUAAAGACAUCAAUGAACAGAUAGACAAAAAUAUAGACAAUGACAAAGAUCCAGAUAAAAUGAAUGAAGAAAAUGAUGAAAAUGGUGUAGAAAAAGAGAUAAAAGAUGAGGUUAGUGAGCUCAAUGAUUCAAAAGAUGACAUCGAUGAAGUCAUAGAUGUGAAAGAUAACAGUUAUGAUGAAGAUAAUGAUUCAAAAGAUACUGAUAGUGAAAAGCAACAGACAAAAGAUAGUGCUGAUAGAGAAGAUUCAAAAGAUAAUAAGAUAAAGUUCCAAAAACAAUUUAUAAAAGAUAUUAGAGAAACUCUUUCUGAAGAUGAUAAUAAAACGAUAGAUAAAAUAACUGAAAUUCAAGACACAGAAGACAAAAGCUAUGUUGAAAAAAAUACUGACUGUAAACAAAUAUCAAAAGAUAUUGAAAACCCUGCAACGAUAAAUCAAAAUUAUGAGGAAAUUAAUGAAAAAGACAAUAAAGAUACUGAAUCAAAAAAUACUGAUGAAAAGAUAGAUGAAAAUACUGAAAAAGUGAUAGAUUCAUCAAUUGAUAUUGAUGAAAGUAUAGACAAAGAUGAUAAUGUAAUAGAUGACAUAAAAAUAGAAAUAGAUAACAUGGACGAUUUCAAUCUAUAUGAGAAAUUGGAAUGGAAGAUAGAAGAGUUAGAAAAAGAAUUGUGUUGUGAUAUGGAUUUGGCUGAAGAUAUUGAUGGUGGGAAGCGGUCCAUAUGCAGCGGAUAAGGCAGCCUUUUCACUUCUAAUAAAACUUGAAAAACUGAAAAUCAAAGUUCCAUACGAAAGACAUUUUCUACUACUAUGUCUAUGUACGACUGUGUUUGUUAAAAUAAGAUGUUACACUGAAAUACUGUUCUCUAGAUAUGCCUCAGAUUGGGACAAAAUAACUGCAUUUUCUACGCCUAAAGUACUAAGACUAGCAGAAAUACUAGAACAAUUCCAGCCACCUGAAAAUUUGAAGGAAACUGAAGCGAAAAAUUUAGUUGAUAGUACGAGAAAUAACAUUGAUAGUACUAUAAAUAGUAAUCAAGACAUAAAAAUUGUACCAACCGGUGUAAAUAUUAAUGAUAAUAAACAUAUACUUGAUAAUUGUGAAAAUGUUGAUAAGAAAAAUGUAAGUAAUCAAACAGUUGAUACUGAUAAAGAAAUGAAAAGAUCCAAAACGGAUGAACUAUUGAGUGCUAUAGAAAAAUGUGAUUUUGUAUCACUAGGGAACAAAAUCGAGGAUCGUGUUAACAUAUAUGAGGCUAACUUGAAAGACUUAGAUGAUUUUGAUAAUACAAUCCAAUUGAAUACUGAAAUUAAAACAAAUGAAGUUGGUAAUCAAGUUAUUGACAGCAAAACUAAUGAAAGUAUUGAUCAUGAGAAUAUUGAUGCUGCAAAUGUUUGUAGUAAAGAUCAAAAUAAUAAAAAUACUGUUGAUUGCAGUUUUGAUAAUGUCAUGCAUAGUGGUGGUAUUAAAAUUGAUAGGGAAGAUAAAAAUAUAUUUGAUCACAGUGCUGAAAAUGUUAAUCCAAUGGAUAGUGUUCUAAAAGAUAGUGUUAUAAAUAAGAGUGGAAAUAAUUUUAAUAGUGAUAAAAAUACAUUUGGUAGUCCUUACAGAGACGUUAAAUAUAAUACUGAUGGUGUUAACAAAGAUAUUGAUAGUGUUAAAAAAAAUUGUGGAA